UGAUUGUUUCAUAGCGACACGAGCUUUCCCUGAAAGGCACACGGGUACUCUCUCCUGGGAUAUUUAACCUUUGGUGUUGGUCAGUAAACAUCAGUUUCGUUAAUCAAAAUGCCAGGCUCAAACUGCAAAGGGAAGAGUAUUUUAAUGACACCCGACCCAUACCAUACACCCGGUUAUGGCGGCUUCUGUCCCCAAUUCAAGUACCAAAUCGGCCAGACAUUCGGCCGAACGACAUCUCGUCUGCUCCAAGACACGGAUGUCGCUAGUUCCGGUCGUCUGGUCCUCGCCGACAUUCAGCCGUCUGCUAGCCUCGAUCUCGUCCAACAGGAGCGAGGCAAGAUUCUCAACUCUCGAGUUCAAAGUUGGGGGGACCAAAAGCUGGUAGAGAAAAUGGUGCCAGGGUACACAGGUUUCAUCCCCAAGGGCGAGCACUAUUUCGGCACGCGUUACGCCGAGGUCUGCCGGAACUCCAUCCGUGACUUUGAGAUGGAUCACCGGGUACACAAAGGCAAGAUGCAGGAACUGACUGACCUGGAGGCGUUACAGACAGGCAGGACGCCCAGGACAAAGCGAGAUCUGCCGCCCCUAAAAACGAAGCAGCUUCACCCAUUAAAGGCUAUAGCUGCGGAACCCGAGUCCUAUCUGUCUCCUAACGCCGUCCAACCAAAGAUGUCACCCUUCUACAUGAGCAAUGCCGACCCAAACAAAAACUUCAUGUCAGGCUACACAGGAUUCGUCCCUCGGUCACGUGGUCUAAUCGGCAUCGGCUACCCGAUCAUCACCCACCACGCCCUGAACGAAUUCACCGACGACGUGGCUCGGUCACAGUCUAUCAAGGGCCUGCCUGUCACCGUCCACAGGGAGGAGAAAAUAGUCCAGGAUAUGAAGGGCGUGUACCCCGUAGAGACAGGACUGGUACCUCACUACACCGGACACAUACCUGGCCAAAAGUUCCGAUAUGGCAACACGUUCGGCCACAGCACUGAGAACGCCAUGAAACAGCCGCUCACAGCAAGGACAUAGGAAGCUGUUAUGUCCCUUUCUUGUUUCGUUCUGUUUUUCAUAACGGUGAAUUGUUUUCACAAAACAUGUUUCAAUCUUCGAUCAGGCAAUGCAAAUUUUACAACAGAAGUAAAUCAUGCUUUGGUUGUCUAUUAGUCCAACAAAUUACGUACAUUGAUUUAGGUAUUUGAAUUUUUUGUUUCUUCCUCUUUUUUAACAAUGUCAGGUUUCGCUUCUCCCGAGAUACAUCUCAAUUGAUCAUGUCUUCCGAUUGCCAGCACAUUCCUUCUCUUUACUAUAGAGAGGAAGAAUAAGCUAUAUUUUCGCCUUUCGUUAUGGUCAUCCUGAAGUGGACCAUCAACCUCAGCAUUUUACGGGAAAUUGAAUUUCCGCUUUUUCAGUUAGCAAAAAUGUUUUGAACUUUGUCUCUCCACAAGAUAAAUGACAGUGUAAUCAAUCAUGUCUUCCACUAUAUAUAGAGUUCCACAUGUCAAGAAAUUCAGUUCAUCCUUCAAUUGCAUUUCUGAAGGAAAAUUUGAUUUUUGUGUUUAUUUAAUAGUUUUUACAUCCUUGGUAUUUACGUAGGAGAAUCUUCAAAACCUAACCUUAUGACAUAAUGGUUGCUUCUGAUAUUAGGUUCUGUUCAGACUUGCAUUAUGUAUGAAAAGUUGGUCAGUCGUCUGUGAAACUCCAGAUUGUCAUCCUUCUCAGCUUCUACAUGUCUGUUUUGAUUAUUUUUGUAAACAGCAGUAACCGACGUCAGUACUUUCAUGUCUGUAUAACAAGGACAGCUUCUGCACAUAUGUUUGUCAGUACUUUUUGUACAAUCAGUAGCUCAUGUCAGUAGUUUCAUGUCUCUCUAUUAAUUAAUUAUGCACGGCAUAUUUUUAUCUCUUCAGUUGCUAUUUAGAUUUUAUUUUUUUAAAUCUCUUGGAUAUCAGCAGCCAAGUAUUGUGUUUGUCCAAAUAAUGAACUGUAAAAAUAAUUUAUGUUUCACAAGAAUACCAAAGAAGCAAGGGUUUCACAGCCACUUGACAAAGAUUACACACCUGACUGUUUGGUUAUUAUUGUACCUUUGUAAGAUUUUUUCAUGAUUGUAACAGAUGUGAUUAACAGCAUAAAUAUGAUAUAAUAACUUUUUUGUUAUAAAUAUUGUAUUUUGAUGUAUAAAAUGUAAAUAAAUAUAGACAUUUUA